AUGGCGGCCCCCUCUACCACUGCGGUUGAGCCAGGAGACCGCUACCUCACUCGUGAGCCUUGCUGCCGACAGUGCUGUCACGGCAGCAGUGGUGCGCUACUGGCACCGCCAUCCAGAUCACUCGAGCACAGUGCCGUCACUGGCGGAGACACGGAGAUUACCUUCCCAUCAGCCGCUGCAGUGGACAGCGACGCACCGUGGAUCGCGGUGAGGCCGUACAGCUACCUCUUCCGCGCACCGGUGAAGGGUCGGUGGCUGGGCCAUGGCCUUCUCGAGCUUUUUCUGAAGGAGUUUGCCUUCGUGCCGUUUGAUGCUGCCGCCGCCGAGAAGGUGCCGUUGUUGUCGGAACGGGGGAUCAUCCCCGCCAGCACAACCACCGGCACUAUCCGCUCCGCAGUGGUGCCACUGCUGUUACAGCAGCAAGCGGCGUCAUCCUCGCUGCAUGUCAGUGGCAGCGCCACGCUCGACCGUCGCUUCACCCUCCCCGCGUACAUCGAGGAGCUUUGCGAAGGCGUACUGUGGCUGCGCGAUCGAGAGGUGGAAUGCCGGGCGGCCGGGCGUCGCUACCAGAGAGCACUUAUCGACGUUGUGGCUCGCGCGCAAGGCAUCCACUCCAGCACAGGCUGCACAGAUGGCGGUAUUGCUAAAAGAGACCAUAGUGGUAUGAUUGAAGCCCAACCGCAUCCGCUGCCGAAGCAGAUGAUGGCACCCGUUCAAGCAACCCCAUCAACAGCCCUGCUCUGCACGAUACCGAGCAGCGAGGUGAGCGCGGCGUCGAGUGAUUGGCCUGCUUGGUGUCGUACAGUUCUGUGGCUGACAGAGUUGCCCUCUGAGGCUGAAGUCGAUGCGUUGUUGCCGCGCAUGCUGUCGGCCGCAUCUACAUCGCUAUCCAGAGACAGCGCUGUUGCGCAGGGAAGUGCUGGAGCACACUCCGCCAGCGCCACUACUGUCAGUGGGACUCCCCUACCACUUCUCUUGCUUCAGCAACGAGACUUGGUGUGUCACCGUGUGUGGCGCUGCGAGGGGCGCAUGUUUGCACAUCCGCCGCUGGAGAUUCUGCGUUGCGACGUCGCCGCUGCUCUGUCCGCUGUGUCUCCUGAGGUGCACGCCAGGACACCGGUGCCGGCGGCGAAGACACUCGCCAUGCUUAUGGUAAGUAAGCCGCCAGGGUUGCCGGUGCACCCUGCCGGCCGCUACCGCAAGAACUCAGUGACGAGCAUUCUCGAGGACGUGCUAGGCGGCGGCGGCGGCGACGGCGAUGCGCGCCGAUUUUACCGCAUCGAGGAGCACCACACCAGCGCAACGACCGGCAGUGCGUUGCCGCAUCCGCCCUACGCCUCUGUUGUUCACAAGACGGGCGGCUUUGAGCUCAUUCGAGUGUGGCUGCGGCGCCCUCCGUCUUCAGCAGACGCCAGCGCGCCCGUCCUUUGCGGUCCUUCAUCGCUUUCCACCUUAGCAGACGAGAUUGGCGUGUCUGCUGAAGACUGGGCAGUGCUCAAGGCCCUCUUCAUGCGCGAACGCGAUGCGACGACGCAAGAGGGUCGAGCGAGGAAUCCGAAAGAGGACAGGCACGCCAGUCCGCACGGUGACAUCACCAUCGCAGCAGAGACGGCACGGCCGCUGAAGCGGUCGCGCGAGGCUGAAGACGGGGAUGACAGUCCACUAUCAGUUGGCAAUGGCCACUGCGCCAGUACCGAAAAGAUGACGCGUGCACGAAGCGGUGACGCGGCAGUUGCUGUUCCGUCCUCGUACACCAUGAAGGCCCACGUUGUGCACCGGCUCGACGCGGCCACCAGCGGUGUACUUCUCUUUGGGCUGAACAGCUGUACGGCGCGCCGCACGGCAGCGGCCAUCGCGAGUAAAGAAGAGCUCGACAGCAGUGACGACGAGAACAGUGCCGAUGGUGACAACGUGGCUAACCGAGAUGACGUGCGGGAGGUAGGCGCUGGCUUGGAGACUCUGCCUCUAUCACUACCAGCGCCGACCUCCCGCAAGGUCUACUGUGCGCGAGUGCAUGGCCGAGUAGAUCUCGAGAGCAUCGCACGUCAGCAGCAUCACUGCGUCCUGCGCAGCACUUCGCUACUGACGCAGUCAACGAGCGAUGAGCACGGAGCACCCGACGUUGCUGUGGCGGGCGUUGGCACGAGCGGUGCGACACACCACACUGUUGCUGAGCUGCUUGUGUGUCGGCCCAUCGGGUGUUUGGAUCACCACAGUAGCCUGUACUGGUCGCCAGACGUCGCCAUCACGGAUGCGUGGAAACAGCGCCAGGCAGACGCCAAACGACUUCAACAGCAGCAGGCACCCGAAUCGCGCAACGGCUCGCUCUCUGGUGGACGAAGCAAGGCAGUUCGCACGCAAGAGGCCGUUGCAGCGAAGAAUGAGCGCAUGCGUCUACUUACGCGAGGUGGCAGGAGGGACUCAGUAGGUGCAGUGGCUCUAUCACCGCCUCCCGUGAGGAACGGUCCAGCAACUCUGCUGGCACACAAAGCGUCGGCUGUUCUCUCAGAUACCUCCAGGCGUGUGCAACAGUACUUGGAGACGCUUCGCUCGGCCAAGACGGCGUUACAGGUAAUGCGCUACGAUGCAGCCACCGAUCAGACAGUGGUGAAGUGCACCCUCGGUACGGGCCGCACGCACCAACUGCGCGUCCACCUCGCCUCUCUUGGACACCCGAUUGUGCGGGACCGUAAGUACAUCGCGUUGGAGGCCCACAUGCGCGCCCUGGCGAAAAGUGGCGAGGAGGACCCGCCUCGGAGCAGCAAAGCGGCGGCUGUCGCCCCCCGCACACCUCUCGCGUCGGAAGCUUUGCUGACUCGCUUCUACGAAAGCACUGCUUCGACCGACAGAGCGGAGGUUAAUGGAAGCGAUGCUGCUGCCGCUGCGGUAGAGAGCAGAUGGCAACCAGAGGCUGUCGCAGAGAACCGAAGUUGGAGCGGCUGCAUAUGCCCGGAGGCCAUCGAUCUUCACGCCUGGCACUAUACGCUCGCCUACGAAGACGGUGAACUUUUGUCGGUCGAAGUGCCGCUGCCCAUGUGGGCGCAGUGA